AUGUCCUCCACUUUCAACAAUGGAGCCAGCAUCCCAUCUCCACCAGAUGCCGCCAACGGCUUCCCCCAACCCAGUGCCUCGGGUGCCUGGCACAGACCAGAGGAGGAGCUGCGGGUUGUGGAGCCCAGCCUGGUGAAGAAGGCGCACCGGGAGAUCCUGGACCAUGAGAGGAAGCGGCGUGUGGAACUCAAGUGUAUGGAGCUGCAAGAGAUGAUGGAGGAACAGGGGUAUUCUGAAGAGGAGAUCCGGCAGAAGGUGGGGACCUUCCGACAGAUGCUGAUGGAGAAGGAGGGAGUCUUGACCAGGGAGGAUCAACAUGGUCGCCACAUAGUGAUGGAAAGCCACUAUUUGAUUGAGGGGGAUGCCCAGGGCCUGGAGUACUUGCCCUAUGAGGAAGACUGCCCUCUUGAGUGUGAUUGUCCUGCCGACUGUUACCGGGCUGAUGGCGGGCACCGAGAGUACAGGACCAAACACUGGUCAAGCAGCUCAGCCUCACCCCCUCCCAAGAAGAAGAAGAAAAAGAAAUCUGGCCAUCGGAGGAGUCGCAAAAAGAGGAAGCUAGACUCUGAAUGCAGCUGUGGGAGCUCCUCACCCCUUCGGAAGAAGAAGAAAAAUGGAAAGAAGCACAGACGUGACAGGUCUGACUCAGGAUCCAGGAGGAAGAGAAGACACAGGUCCCGGAGCCCCAAAAGCAAACGAAAAGAGAAAAACAAAGAGAGAAAGAGGCCUCAUAGUGAGUCUCCAUCAAGAAGGUCUCACCGACACAGUAGCUGUAGUUCUCAUAGCGCGUCCAUAUCUUCCAACUACAGCAGCUCCAAAUCUCCCAGCAGACUGAGCCCCAAGCCCAGAGAUGAUGGCCCCAAGGCCAGUAGCCAGCGGUCCAGCAGGAGCAGAACAUCCUCUCCUUCGGGCCGCAGCCGAUCGGGGUCUCCACACCAGAAUGGCCAGCGGAGCAGGCGUCCCAGCCAGUCCCGAGGCAGCCCAUCGGACACCCCACUGGAUAAGAGGCCCAACUCGCCCGAGCCCCGAGCCCACACCAAAGCGGAGCCAGCCCUGACCACACCGCCUCGGGGAAAAGAGGGUCGAAGCCCCAGCUCGGCUUCGCCGCAGCCACAGGCCAGGGGCGGCAGAGGCGGCACAGGCGGAGGAGCUCCAGGAGGUGCGCCCGGAGGAGGAGGAGGCGGCGCCUGCGGGAGCGUAGCGGGAGAAGCCAAGCACCGGCGGCGCUCGCGCUCCGCCACUUCGGCGCCUCGUCGUAAAGGACGCAGACGGCCCCGCGCCCCGGCCCCCCGGAGCUCCCCGCGAUCGCUCAGCCGCGCUGGCUCCAGUAGCGACUCGGAUGCGUCGGGUGCCUCCCACCAGCCAGGCCCGGAACCCAGCCAGGAUCGGAGCCACUGCGCCCCUGGGAAAAAAGAGAAGGAAGGUGAUGGCCGGACAAGGCACCCAGAGGGGGAAGCUACUAGACCCCGGCGGCGGUCCCGGAGUUACUCACCCAUUCGAAAGAGGCGUCGAGACUCACCUAGUUUUAUGGAGCCCAGGCGAAUAACCAGUGCCCGGAAGCGCCCGAUCCCUUACUACCGGCCCAGCCCUUCCUCCUCCUCCCCCUCCCCCUCCAGCUCCUGGAGCAGUCACACCUACAGCCGCAGCCGGAGCGGCAGCCAUAGCCCGGAUAGCUACAGCAGCCGCAGUGGGAGCCGCAGCCGAACCCGGAGCCCCUCCAGGACCCCCAGUCCCAGCCCCAGCCCCAGCUACAACAGCCGCAGCAGCUCAGAAAGCGGUGGCUUCUGA